AUGCACGGCUCCUCAGAGGGUGGUGUGGUCCAGAAGACAGGAAGCAGCUUGAGAGAAGCCCAGCAGAGGAUGGUGGGGAGGGGGAUUUCCUCAUAUGGUGCUGGGACUUUUAUCAUAGGAGGGCUUUCUUUUUGUUCAAGGGGGCCUGGUUGGAUUAGGGAUGAUCACAUCCAUGGAAUGAAUCACUUAGAUUCCAUCAUGUUCAUAGCUUGUUUCACAGUAAUAAGAUAGUUAAUUUGGAGCUGAUUAAAUUAUUUAGAUGCUGUGAGUUUAUUUUUUCUUUUUUUAAGGGGGAUCUCAGCUUACUGCGUCUUUAAAGUCGAGCAGAUAGUACAGAAAGGAGGGGGCUGCUGUGCGCCAGUUGGAAGUGUCUGCCUGUCGCAGCGGCUUGACAUUAAGAGGAGCGCGUCCAUGCUCCAGCUUGGAGCCGCACGGAGACCUGGACGCGCAGGCACGCGGGAGCCUGGAUACAUGGAUGCGCAGAGGGAUCCUGCAUUGAAGUUUUCAGCCACAAAUUCCCGGAUAUAAUGGGGAAUACGACGCCCAAACCCCUAAUUGAUGCGACUCUUCAACCCCGUCUGGUGGCCACAAGGCAGUACUACACCCUGCCGAACAAUGCGGCUGGCGUGGAGAGAAGAACGUCCGCUCUUCCGGUUGGUGUAAACUUGGAGCCCCUUCGCUUUCACCCGCAUGCCAAAGGAAAGAACAUCAGGCUGGAUGGGCAGCUUCGCCGCGCCACCCGCAAGAACAGCUUCUGCAAUGGCAUCACUUUCAGCCAUCGGCCCAUCCACCUAUACGAAAAGGUGCGUCUGCGCUUGACCGGUGUGCACAACGGCUGGAGUGGAGCCCUUCGCUUUGGCUUUACCAGUCUGGAUCCCAAUGAUUUGGUUGCUGCUGACAUUCCUAAAUACGCCUGCCCUGACCUGGUCACACGGCCCGGUUACUGGGCAAAGGCUCUGCCUGAGAGACUGGCUGUGAAGGACAAUGUUCUGUCUUUCUGGGCUGAUCGACAUGGCCGGGUUUUCUACAAUAUCAACGACGGGGAGCCCAUCCUCUUCCACUGUGGGCUCAGCAUCGGCUGUCCGCUUUGGGCCAUCAUAGAUAUCUACGGCAUCACCCAGGAGGUCAUACUACUGGACAUCAAAUUUGCUGAGAGCGUGGGGUCCAGCUGCCUGACUUCGGCCCGUCUGAGCGCCUAUGUGCCCCAGAGCAGCCACGACUCGGCCAAUUACAACAACAACCAGCUGGAAAACAACCAGGCUGCCGCUGCCAAGAUGGCCAACCUCCAGCUUAACAGCUACACGCAGAUCAUCCCCUGCUGCUCCUCCUCCACCUCUGCCUCCACCACGCCAUCCUCGUCCGUCUCCACUGCAUUCCCGAGGCUGCUCCGGAGCUCGCCAUCCCUGCUGGACAAUGACUUGCACUUUCACCCCAUCCGCGGUUCCGAUGUGAUUCUCUCUGCAGACCGCUCCGCGGCCUGCAUCCAUUUCCUGGACAGCAGUCGGACUCUGGUGUUUAGUGACCGGCCGCUCCAUAUAGGCGAGACUCUGUACGUGGAGGUUGGCCACCUGGGCUUACCGUACUUUGGGGCUCUGUCUUUUGGCCUGACGUCAUGCGACCCGGCCGGUCUGCAUGCGGCGGAUCUACCAGCCGACCCGGAGGUUCUUUUGGACCGGAAGGAGUACUGGGUGAUGCACAGAGGCUUCCCCAUCCCGUGCUCAGGAGACGUGCUCAGUUUCAGCCUGCUGUCCAGCGGAGAGGUGCAUCAUGGGGUGAAUGGCGUGGGGCGUGGCAGGCUGCUCUGUGUGGACUCCUCUCAAGUUCUGUGGGCCUUUUUCACCCUGCAUGGUGCUGUCAACAGACUCAGGAUACUCGGAACGCUGCGGUCCAGCCCUCCUUCCACAUCCCCCACCAUUUCUCAGAGCAGCAGCCCAGAUGACAGUGACUCAGACCCGGCGUUCAGCGUCAACAGAUCCUCCUCUGCGUCAGAAUCCUCUCUGGUGACAGCUCCCAGCUCUCCCCUCAGUCCUCCCACCUCUCCUCCUCUCACUGCCCCAAAGCUGCCACCUGCUGGGAAGAACGGAGAAUGCACGAUCUGCUUCGACCAGGAGGUGGACACCGUCAUCUACACCUGCGGACACAUGUGUCUGUGCAGCGACUGCGGCCUGAAGCUGAAGAGGCAGAUCAAUGUGUGCUGCCCGAUAUGCAGGAGGCCCAUCAAAGAUGUCAUUAAGACGUAUCGGCCGUGAUGGCUCCAAGUUUGGGUCUGGAUUCUUGUUUGCAGAAGAUGGGGUUCGACCCUAACUGGAGAUGCCAGGACUUUGCUGCUUCUCCUCCACUGGACAAACCGGACUGGGAAGCAUUUUUAUAUCCACACUUCCCCAGUAAGGAACUGUGUUUGGGUGAAGAAUAAAGACAGAAACAUGAUUUUCCUUUUGUAUUUUUAACAGGAUUCCUUUGAGCGGAAAGGCCUUCUGUCUGUUUAUUUGUAUUUUCAUUAUCCUACAUUUGUAAUGUUCUUCAGCAGAGUAUAAUCUGAGACUUCUAGUGCCUUAGACUUUUGUAACACCGUUUGUCCAAGUAAUUAUGCUAACAAUCCUAGCCAUAUUUUCCAUUGUACCCUACUAAAAGCAAUCCGGAUUCUGAGUCGCAAAGAAAGAAUGAAGCCAGUAUUUGUGGAAAACAAAAGACGUGAGCAUGCGGCUGUUUGAAGGAGUUUCCAGACUGUUUAUGAAGAAGGAUGCUUGUGAAACAAGAGGUUGGUUUUACACCUAAAGAGAAUAAUAAAAAAAAUGAUCUGA